CCGGAGGUUAGAAACCCAGCUGGCUCUUGACGCAGCGGAGGCUCCGCCCCGGGCGUGACGCCAGCGUCAGGCCAGUCCCGGCAGCCUCCGCGGUCGACCGCGGUGGAUCGCAGAGGAAUUUUCCCCGUGAGCGGCCCGGGCUCAGUUCAGCAGCUGUCCAGACCCCGGUCGGCGAUAGUGUUGCCUCCACCCUUUCUCCUACCGCCCUCCCGUCCGUUCGAGCGCCCCCAGCCCUCCCGCGAGGGCGCCCCGGGACGGAAGGAACCACCAGCCUGUCGGCGCCCGCCGUUCUCGUGGUCGCCGUCGCCGUCGUCGUUGUGGUAGUCUCCGCCGUCGCCUGGGCCAUGGCCAAUUACAUCCACGUCCCACCCGGCUCUCCGGAGGUGCCCAAGCUGAACGUCACGGUUCAAGAUCAGGAAGAACAGCGCUGCCGGGAAGGGGCCCUGAGCCUCCUGCAACACCUGCGGCCGCAUUGGGACCCUCAGGAGGUGACCCUGCAGCUCUUCACAGAUGGAAUCACAAAUAAACUUAUUGGCUGUUACGUGGGUAAUACCAUGGAAGACGUAGUCCUGGUGAGAAUUUAUGGCAAUAAAACUGAGUUGUUAGUUGAUCGAGAUGAAGAAGUGAAGAGUUUUCGAGUGUUGCAGGCUCAUGGCUGUGCACCACAACUCUAUUGUACCUUCAACAAUGGACUAUGCUAUGAAUUUAUACAGGGAGAAGCAUUGGAUCCAAAGCAUGUCUGCAAUCCAGCCAUUUUCAGGCUGAUAGCGCGCCAGCUUGCUAAAAUCCAUGCUAUCCAUGCACAUAAUGGCUGGAUCCCAAAAUCUAAUUUGUGGCUCAAGAUGGGAAAAUAUUUCUCUCUCAUUCCCACAGGAUUUGCAGAUGAAGACAUUAAUAAAAGGUUCCUAAGUGAUAUCCCAAGCUCUCAGAUUCUUAAGGAAGAGAUGACUUGGAUGAAGGAAAUUCUUUCCAACCUGGGCUCUCCUGUUGUGCUUUGCCAUAAUGACCUAUUGUGUAAGAAUAUAAUCUACAAUGAGAAACAAGGUGAUGUACAGUUCAUUGAUUAUGAAUAUUCUGGAUACAACUACCUGGCAUAUGAUAUUGGAAAUCAUUUCAAUGAAUUCGCAGGUGUAAGUGACGUAGACUAUAGUCUCUAUCCAGAUAGAGAACUACAGGACCAGUGGCUGCGUUCUUACCUUGAAGCCUACAAGGAAUAUAAAGGGUUUGGGACUGAAGUUACUGAAAAGGAGGUAGAAAUACUCUUCAUUCAAGUCAAUCAGUUUGCAUUGGCUUCUCAUUUCUUUUGGGGUUUGUGGGCUCUGAUUCAAGCCAAAUAUUCUACUAUUGAGUUUGAUUUUCUUGGGUAUGCAAUUGUUCGUUUUAACCAGUACUUUAAAAUGAAGCCUGAGGUUACUGCAUUGAAAGUGCCUGAGUAAAGAAGAGAUUUAAUUAUUCUCAAGUAGCUGAGCAAUGCUUGUGAAUUGUUUUCUUAAGAAAUUCCAAAAAGCCAAUAUUUGUUAAAAUUCUGUUACUUAAUUUGGUUAUUUUGCUUUACAAAUUAUGCCUCAAAACAACCAAUCUAUUUUUUAAAUAGACUUGAGUGAUGUCACAAUGUAUACCUACUGCUGUCAGUAUGUGGUGGAUUAGAUAUUUGUUAAAUCUGCAAAAGGUAUAAAGAUGUCAGUUUAAGCCUUUCUGUGAUAAUUUACUCUGUUACAUGUGAAUUAUUUAUUAUGAAUUUAACAUGAUCUGUGACUUCUUUCAUCUGAUUCGUUUGUUGAGUGUAUGCAAUGAAAAUGUUCCAGAGAAAUUUAAGUUUUAUCUUAGUAAGAUUAAUUUUACAAAAAUUUUCUGGUUGUUCAUUGUAACGUUUUUUAUCUUGAUUCUAAGUAAAAUGAAUUAUUUACCCUUGAAAUACCAGUCACUGAUUGGUACAGAUAAUUUAGGGUAUUCAUAUAAAAAUAUCUGCUUAGAAGGGAAAAAUACAUUUUUGUCUCUGUUGGUGGUACAUCUUUUUGAAUUAAAUAUUGGAAAACAUUUCCUUUUGGGGAACUACAACUUAGAACUAAAUUCUUGUCUCUUUAUAUUUGCCACAUAACCCUAGAAUAAGAAUAAUGAUUUAAUGUUACCAAAAUCUGUAGUUAGUAAUGUUUUCAAGUGCUAAA